GGUGUGACAUAUUAAGGGAUCUGGAUAAGUUACCUGCAGCAAUGUAGCUAUGGGAAAAAAUGACUUCUCCCAAAAUAAUUUAAUUGUAAAGUGUUUUGAAAAAUAAUGAUAUUAGUCAGUACAAUUGUGCUCUCAUCCCACUAACGUUAUACAUAUGAAUAUUGCCUCAAAAAUGCAAAGUUACUUUCACUAAUAUCGAGUAAAGUGUUGAUGGUCCCUAACUUUGAUGUCGCUAGCUAGCAAGCCGGGCAGCAACACAUUCACUACCUAGUUAGUCGUGCAAGCUUUGAAAGAGGCGAAAGUCAAUUGAUCUUGCACUCAACCACAACAGCAACAUGACGACCAAGCACGAAUUCUUUGUGGACAUGACAUGUGAGGGAUGCUCUGGGGCAGUCACCCGAGUCCUCAAUAAACUGGGUGGUGUCCAAUUUGAGAUCGACCUCCCCAACAAGAAGGUUUUCAUUGAGUCUGACAAGGACACGGACGUGCUUCUGGAAACACUUAAGAAGACUGGAAAGGCAGCUAACUACGUCGGCCCCAAGUGAUAAAUCAUCCUCUUUUCUUUAUAGAACAGCUGUUGGUUGGUGCUGAUAUGAAGGAUGAUCAUGAGAAGAAAGAACCCUUGCUGUCUUCAUGGACCACUGGAAUGAGCUUGCACUGCCAAGCUGUCCACUUUCAGUAAUUUAAGCACUAGUAUUUAUGUGUCCCAAAUGGCACUAUAAAGGCCCAGGUCCAAAGUAGGGCACUAUAUACGGAAUAGAGUGCCCUUUUGGGACUCAUCCACUAUGAAUAUCCAGUGUGAUUAAUGCGCAGAAUUAAAUAUAUCAUCUAUCUUUAUAGGUUAACUUUACUGCAGGGAAAUAAAAUCAUAUAAGAUCGCUGUCUCUGCUUUGUAUUAAUGAAAGCACCUAUUGUAAUUCACGUUGAUU